GUCUGGCUCAUAACCAAAGAAAAAGAGUAAUACUAUUACCAAACACUGUCGUGUUCAUUUGCUGUCUUCCGAUUCUAAUGGCGGAUUUAAUCCGUACAACACCAUUCACAGGUAUAGCAAUUAGGUCCUCAAAUGUGAAGAAGAAAAACAAAUGGACAACAACACCGGCAGUAGUGAGACUUGGUUCAUUUCCCUCCAUUAAUCUAAUGGUAGAUUAUCAUGACCAACGGUCUAGAAGGUUCCCUUGUUUGAAGGUUUCUAAUCGAAGUUUAUCAUCUCCUUCGAGUAAUAAUACUACCAGUGAAGCAGUAGUAGAGGAAGAAGGAAGUGAUACAACAAAUUUGUUGGAUAAAGUUGAGGUUUUUGAUUUGAGUGGAAAUGGUGUUAUAAUAUCAGAUCUCUGGAAUGAUAGGAAAACCUUAGUUGCAUUUGCCCGUCAUUUUGGGUGUGUUCUUUGUCGCAAAAGGGCUGAUUAUCUUGCUUCUGUAAAGGAUAAGUUGGAUGCUGCUGGGGUUACCCUUGUUUUAAUUGGACCAGGUAGUGUUGAUCAGGCAAAGGUUUUCUACGAGCAGACGAAGUUUAAAGGGGAAGUAUAUGCAGAUCCUAGCUAUUCAUCAUAUAAAGCUUUCGGUUUUGUUUCUGGGAUUUCCACCACAUUCACUCCUAAGGCAGGUUUGAAGAUAAUUCAGUUAUACAUGGAAGGUUACAGACAAGACUGGGGACUUUCGUUUGAAAAGGAUAUCAGGACUAAAGGUGGCUGGCAACAAGGAGGAGUAAUUGUUGCAGGUCCUGGUAAAAGUAAUAUUACAUACACCCAUAAAGACAAAGAAGCUGGAGAUGAUCCAGACAUUGAAGAUAUUCUGAAAGCAUGUUGCUCUUAAGUUAAUUUACUGAUGAAGGUUUCUCUUUCAUUCUGGAAUUGCAGAAACCUUUGUAUAAUUAUGAUAUAUGUAUCAGUCCCAAAAAAAGUUACAUGUAUCAAAAACAUACAUUCAUACACAAAGUACAAACGUAUGUUUUUCGUAUAAUAUACAAGCUUACUUACAUCUA